UCUGGCUAAAUAUGUGUGUGUAUGUUUGUGUGCGCCUUUGUGAAGGGGUGUGUGAGUGUGUGCCAUGCGCAGUAGGAGUGUGUGUGUGCAGUCAGUCUGUCGCCGCGCGCACCGGGAAGCAGCAGCAGCAGCAUCAGAGCCGUUUGAUUUGAAAUGACGACAGAAACCGAGAGCCAAUCAGAGCAGCAGGGGGCCAGUGCGGCUCCGCCCCUCGACAGCCAGCUUCCUCCUGCCGCCGCCCACAGCACACCUGUGAGGAAAGAGCAGGGCAGUGGAGCCGAGGACGACGGCACGUCACACUGGUCCUCCUCCAGUAAACUGACCCGAUCUCCCGUCAAAAUCAGCCGGAAACCCAGGAACAUGCAGGUCAAGGUGACGCUUCUGGACGGGUGCGACUACACCUGCGUGGUGGAGAAGCGUGAUAAAGGUCAGGUUCUGUUCGACAAAGUCUGCGAGCAUCUCAAUCUUCUGGAGAAAGAUUACUUCGGAAUCACAUUCCGUGAUGUGGAGAAUCAGAAGAACUGGCUGGAUCCUGCCAAAGACAUGAAGAAGCAGAUCAGAGGCGUCGCCUGGAAUUUCUCAUUCAAUGUCAAGUUUUAUCCUCCGGAGCCGGCGCUGCUUUCUGAAGACAUCACCAGAUAUUACCUGUGUUUACAGCUGCGGGAUGAUAUCAUAUCGGGUCGUUUGCCGUGUUCGUUUGCCACACACACGGUUCUGGGUUCGUACACGGUUCAGUCGGAGCUGGGCGAUCAUGACCCGGAUGAAUACGGCUCCGAUUACGUCAGCGAGUUUCGUUUCGCGCCUCAUCAGACCAAAGAGAUGGAGGAGAAAAUCAUGGACCUGCACAAGAACUACAAAGGAAUGACGCCAGCCGAAGCUGAGAUGCAUUUUCUGGAGAAUGUAAAGAAACUGUCUAUGUAUGGAGUCGACCUUCAUCAUGCAAAGUUGAUAGGACGAUUCUUUCACUGCUUUUCUCCAGCUAAAGGAGAGGAUUCAGAGGGGGUGGAGAUCAUGUUGGGCGUGUGUUCUUCCGGACUCCUCAUCUACCGCGACAGACUUCGCAUCAACCGCUUCGCCUGGCCCAAAGUCCUCAAGAUCUCCUACAAACGCAAUAACUUCUACAUCAAGAUCCGUCCCGGCGAGUUUGAGCAGUUUGAAAGCACGAUAGGCUUUAAACUACCCAACCACAGAGCGGCCAAGAGACUGUGGAAGGUUUGUGUGGAGCAUCACACGUUCUUCAGGUUGGUUCUUCCAGAGACUCCACCUAAGAAGUUCCUCACACUGGGUUCUAAGUUCCGCUACAGCGGCAGAACUCAGGCUCAGACCAGACGGGCCAGUUCCCAGAUCGUCCGUCCGGCGCCGUACUUUGAGCGUUCAACCAGCAAGCGCUACACAAUGUCACGGAGUCUGGAUGGAGAGAUGGGUACGGCGUUGUACGGCACAGCCAAAGGCAUUGCCAUGAGUGACCUCACAACCAAACCAACCACAAAAAAGAAAAUGAAACACACGAACUAGGAGGAGCGUGAGGAGACGCGACCAGUGCUGGUGGAGAGUGUGGUGGUGCUGGAGGAAGAGGACGAGACAACGAAAGCCACGGAACCAUCGCUGCCGAGCCCACUGACACCGGCCCGUCAGGACACACGGACUGAUCUCACAGACACUGCUGUCGAUGGAGAAUUAACGGCCACCGAGUCGGAUCAACUGGAUCUGUGUUUCCUUCAGCCCAGCUUCUUAAGGCGAAUUAAAGGAGAGAAUGUGUUUGUCAGACACAGUGAGCUGAUGUUAGAGGAAAUGGAGCAAAUGCCGGACGAGCUGCUGAAGCACCAGACCAACAUCAGCGAGCUGAAGCGGACGUUCCUGGAGGGAGGACCGGACCGGACGGCUCUGACCGAGUGGGAGAAGCGUCUCUCCUCGUCUCCUGUUCGAUCUCUGCGUCUGGACGAAGCGCCCAUGAUCGAGCCGCUGGAGCCGGACGAGGUCAAACAGGAAGCAGCGGUGGAGUCACAGGAAGUGGCCGCAGCAGCAGCAGCAGCAGCUCUGGAGGACAGGACGGUUGAUGUGGAGUCUGACGGGUGGGUCAUUAUAAACAAGGUUCCUCCGUUUGAACCAGAUAAACGUCCUCCAGUCGAAGCAGAAACGCUUUCUCGUAAGAUACCAGAGAAGGUUUCCACCGUAGUCGAAGAAAAACAUAAACGUCCCUCAGUGGAGCCAGAAAAACCCACAUCUGAAGAGGUUCCUGCUCCGGAGACAUCACAGAAGGUUUCUAGCAUAGUACACGAGAAGCUUCCUCCAGAAAAACCCUCCGAGGAGGUUCCUCUGAAGGGACCAGAGAAGGUUUCUCUCACAGGAGAAGAAAAGUUUCCACCAGUGGAACCAGAAAAACCAUCUCCCAUCACAUCUGAAGAGGUUUCUCCAAGGAAGACUCCUUCUAAGAUACCAGUAAAGGUUUCUACCACAGUCCCUCCGGAAAAACCUUCUUCUAUCACAUCUGAAGAGGUUUCUCCAAAGAAGACUCCUCCGAAGGUGCCAGAAAAGGUCUCUACGGUAGUCAAAGGGAAGGUUGAACCCAUAAAGGUUCCUUCUGUUGGUUCUUCAGAAGACGCUCCUCCUAAAGUACCACCGAAAGUCCCUCCGAAGGUUCCAGAGAAGAGACACACGGCCAGCUACAGAUUCGUAUCCGAACCUCCUGAACACAAACCCACGUCUCAGGAAGGUUUCUCCGCUGUGUCCGAGGGGUUCAUCAGAUCCAGUAAGAGGACCUCGCUGCCGUCUGCUCAUCUUCCUUCCAUCGAGGUGAUCCCGGUGGAGUAUCUGAAGGAGAGCGGAGGAGAAGCUCUGACGCUCAGAUCCCCGGCGGAUCUCUCCAGAACCCCCCCGACGGCUCGAGUGCCUAAGCCCAGUUUCGAUGAGAUGUCUCCUGAGCUCACGGCGCUCUUGCAGUCCACGCGCAGCUGGUCUCCGUCUGCGUCUGCGUCUGCAUCUCUCGUUCGGAUCACGCAGCCGCCGGCUUUACACAAGCCGUCAGAGAGUCCAGAGAGGCAUCUGUCUGAAGAAGAGGAUCAGCAGCCGCCGGCGGAGGAGCCGCUGGACCAGCCUCAGGUACCUGAACCUCCAGCGGGGCCCUUGGAGCCUGCGGUGUAUUAUCAAGCGUGUGUUGCGUGUGUGGAGCCGCUGAGCUCAGUGCAGUCCCUCCAUGAGUCUGAAUCCGAGUCUGACGACGACUCCAGUGACUCCGGCAGUAUAAACUCAGCUAACUUUUCCGGGCCCCUCACACAUGCGGGCCCCGCGAGGGCCGACUCCCACAGCGACAGUGAGUCUGGAGGAGAGAGCUUCUCUCUGUCCACCGAUGAUGAUGAUGAUGAUGAUGAUGAUGAUGAUGAUGAGCAGUCACCCAACAUGAGCCCGUCCGAGCAGAGGGGUGUGGCUGAGGGUCACAGUGGGGAGAUAGAACUGACCGCCGGUUUAGAGUCGGGUGUCGUGAGUUUCUCCAGGACUCUGUCAGGAGACACGGACACACAGGACACGUCUGUGAUCCACACGGAGAUGAAGACCAUCACAUACGAGUCCCUGCAGGGUGAGAUGGAUGGAGAUGCUGAUCCUGGCAUUCUGCUGAGUGCUCAGACCAUCACAUCAGAAACCACCAGCACCACCACCACCACACACAUCACCAAGAUGGUGAAGGGCGGCAUCUCAGAAACACGGAUUGAGAAGAGAAUCGUGAUCUCAGGAGAUGCAGACAUCGAUCAUGACGAGGCUCUGGCUCAGGCCAUUAAAGAGGCUAAAGAACAACAUCCCGACAUGUCAGUGACCAAAGUGGUGGUGCAUAAAGAGACGGAGAUCACGCCGGAGGAGUGAUGCAGGAUUAACAUCAUCUUCACGCUUUCUGGAGGAACUCAUGUGUUCACGCUGUGGAAAAUGAAGGAUGCUUCAGAGAAAUCUACCACGGGAACAGCAGCAUAAAUGAAAGAAUUGCAGCAAACUUCAUCUGAACACGUCUGGAGUAACACACGCACACAUGCACACACUCACACGCUUACAGGCGCUGGAUCACUGUUACUGCAUGACAAGGGAACAAUUCUGCUUUUUUGUGAAGAGACUACAGUAUAUAGACAUUUUAGUAAAUACUAUAUGAGCGCAGUGUAUAGUCAAACCACAAGCUCGUCAUAAAGGGACUGAAGAAUAUGUGUGAGAAGAAAUAUAGCGGUUACAGAUAUCUAAAUUUAUUUAUCCUACUGAAUAAAAAAAGGACAAACUUUGCACAGUAUUUAACCUUGCAAAGAUGUGCCAUCCACACGUGUCGCCCUCCAUCGGCUCAUCUCUGAUCUGAAUAUUACACGUUCAUUAUGAGAAUAUGAAUAUGCCACACGUGUAUGUGAGAGACGUGUUGUUGUUUUUACUUGAGUUAUACACCUGUUUUUGUUUCUUUUUGAAAACUGUCCCUUGUGAAUGUUGAGUUUAGAGGAAUGAAACUGUUGUAAUGAUGAGCUGAAAUAUCAAUCCCAGAGUUCUCCCCGCCCAGUGUGCCACAUCUGAGCCUUAAACUGUACAGACCAACCCCAUGUGUGUUUAUGUCCUUGUAUGUUUUCAAAUGCAAUGUCAUGUGCACCUGCUGACUGUUCCCCACUCAAGCAACUCCAAUAAAAUCUCAAUUCCAUUUCUGAUA